AUGGCAGAAGUGGGUGAAUACGAUCUCAGAAAUGGAGAUACGGCAGCGCAGUCCUUCCAUCGCAUUGACUAUCUGUUCAGCCACAUUCGGGAUUCCAACAGUGACCACAUCCAUGGCUCGGGUGGCUGGAAGGAAGAUCAGAAAGCCAUUGAGCGCCAUGACGCCUUGAAAAGGGAAGAUGGCUGGUAUAACACCGACUGGGAGGGCGAUGCAUCAGAACAGGAGCGUCGUCGCUCUUCGGCUCAUCGCCGUCUUGCAGGAAUGGCAGGCCUCCGAUGGCGUGAGGUAAAGGAGCUCAAGCAUUCCGUGCCACACGAAUCAAGGCUGGGAUUGUGUCGAGGAGGUCCAUCAGCAGAGUCGAUUCCUGAACGUCUUAAGGACCAGUUGUCUUACAAUCCUCCUACGGGCUUCAAAACCAUAUCUGACCGUUUUGAGGGAAUUCUGGUGGCAAAGAAGUGUGACUAG